UUUGAUUAAUGCUACUGUCAAUCUUAAUUUAAAUCUAUAAUUAAAAAUGUGAAAGGUCAAUUACUCUUGAGUCAAUGUAGGUUAACUUCAUCUAUUACACGUUCAAGUACCAUAGAAGUUUCGCUAACCAUUAUUAUUCGUGCUUUCGUGGUGAGAUAAUAUAAAGAAAAUGAGUGAGGAAAGAGUUAAAAUGCGAAAGCAAUUGGGAUUGCUGGAAGGUGUCGCUAUUAUAUUAGGUAUAAUUUUCGGUAGUGGUAUUUUCAUUUCACCUAAGGAAGUUUUAGAAAAAACCGGGUCAGUGUGGGGAGCAUUAACCGUAUGGGGAGUAUGCGGGAUUUUGGCAACUUUAGGCGCCAUGUCAUAUGCAGAAUUAGGCACUACUCUGGCGCAAAGUGGUGGAGAUUACCAUUAUAUAAAUGAAGCAUUUGGACCAUUGCCUGCUUUUCUUUACCUGUGGGAUGCAAACCUCAUAUUUGUGCCCAGUACAAAUGCUAUAAUGGCAUUAACAUUUGCUAACAAUAUAUUGGAGCCAAUUUUUCCAAACUGCUCAAUUGAUCCUUGGAGUAAAAAACUGAUAGCUGCAGUUACCAUUUGUUUUCUAACAUUCAUUAAUGCAUAUGAUGUAAAGUUUACAACUCGCGUCCAAAACAUUUUCAUGUUUACAAAGAUCUCAGCGCUUAUUGUCAUUAUCAUCGGAGGAAUUGUAUGGAUGGCUCAAGGUAAAGUAGAACAUUUUCAAGAUGGUUGGGCUGGAACAAAGACAUCUGUCAGUGAUUGGUCGGUAGCAUUUUACUCUGGGAUAUUUUCUUAUUCAGGAUGGAACUAUUUGAAUUUCAUGACUGAAGAAUUACGAGAACCAUUUGUGAACCUACCUCGGGCUAUCUAUAUCUCACUACCUAUGGUUACGGGUAUCUAUCUUCUUGCUAAUUUAUCUUACCUAGCAGUUCUGGGACCAGUUGGAGUCAGAGCUACUGAUGCUAUUGCUGUUGACUUUGCGAUCGCGUCACUGGGGUGGCUGCGGUGGUGCAUGCCAGCACUGGUGGCGAUAGCGGUACUCGGCGGGCUCUCGGUGCACGUGAUGACGUCAUCGCGCAUGUGCUUCGCCGGCGCCCGCAACGGACACAUGCCAGAACUGCUUGCCCACAUCAAUGUGGCUUGCAUGUCACCCCUGCCUUCUCUCGUCUUUUUGAUGCUGAUAUCUCUCAUCAUGCUGAUCCCUGACAGCCUGACAUCUUUGAUAACAUACUGCACGGUUGUUGAGUCGUUCUUUACCACGCUCAGCUGCAGCGCAGUACUCUGGCUGCGCUACAAGAAGCCGCAUUUACCUAGACCUAUUAAGGUGGCGCUGUGGAUGCCGAGUGUGUUCGUUUGCGCAAGUGCGGCUCUGCUCGUAGUGCCGGCGUGGAGCGAACCGGCUGCGGUGGCGGCGGGCGCACUAAUCACACUCACUGGUGUGCCAGCCUACCUCUUGCUAGUGCGCCACCCACCACAACGUCUACAAACUAUAUCCACUAAAUUUACCCACACUUGUCAGAAAUUGUUCCUGUCGGCGGUAGAAGAUGAUAAAGAGGAAUAAAUAUGGCUACAUUAAAUGAAAAACUUAACACUGCCAUUAUCUCUUCGCUACUUCAUAAUUACAUCAUUUCAAUCCUCCACGCAUACUGUUCUAUUUAAUUCGUGUUAAUUAUAAUAGAAUAGUUCUUAUUUUUAUUGUUUAUGUGCUAAAUCCGACAUACGUUGCAAUGAAACUUGCGAGUCAAAAUAAAUUCAAAGUUCGUCUUUCAAAGUAAUACUCAGACAUUAGUGCGAGAAAAAUUAAUAUUAUAAUUGUUUUUUUUAGGGCACAAACUUUUUAUGGUUCA